CAUCCACUUGACGAGGCUUCAGCGCACUGGGAACAAAAUAUCAAAUUCGAACUCGAGCGUGAUUACAUGCAGUUGGAGGCAACUGCAAUGGUAAGAAAUGUUAAAUCUCUCUCCGAAUCAGAAUUCAAGAGAGAGGCAAUGCUGAUGCAGAGAUAUCAGCAUGAAAAUAUUGUGCGUUUCUAUGGUAUCUCCUUGGAUUCUCCAAACCACCAGUGUUUAGUUUUGGAAAUGAUGGACCAGGGAAAUCUACGGGAGUAUCUUCAUCGAGCCAGACCUCGUCUAACACCCUCUCAAGCUGAACACUUCUCGAGACAAGAGCAUACGGCGAGAAGUGAUCGUUCAAGCAGGCAGACGGAGACCACUGAAGCUACUACGGGAGAAAGCUUCUGCAGUGGAGCUGGGGCGGUAGAACUUCAUGCACUACUGACUAUCCCCGAUUUGGUAAAGAUUAUGAGGGAUAUUGCAAGAGGUUGUCAAUAUUUGGAGGAACAGCACUUUGUUCACAGAUCAAUCGUUCUUCGGCCUUUCUUCCAUUUCCCCUAA